AGGGAAGAGGGAGCGAGGAAAAGACGCCCAGCCGCGCCUGUCACACGCGUUACAGAAGCGCGCGUCGUUGCUCCACGCGGGCGGACUAACGUACGUGGAGGGAGCAACUUUCUCCGGACUCCGCAUGCCGGAGGGUCGCGUGUUUCCAGUGUGGCGGGGGAUCGGGCUCGGCGCCGGCGUCCGAGGCGGAUGGAGCCAGGGCUGGGGACGCUGCCUGCAAUGGGAGCCUGACGUUCCAGGACGGGAGGCCUGGCUGCCGGUGUUGGACUACCCUAUCUGGGUGGUCCUCUGCCAGGGGGGCCGCGCCAGGCUCCGGGAGGUUUGUCAGCGAGGGAGGGGCGCCAUCAGGCUGCCCGCGGACAUGCUCCGCAUCAAGCUGCCCCCGCUCUUCGACAUCCACCAGAUCCCCAAGGUGUUCAGGGAGGACAGCAUCAUCUCGGGCUACCGGCACCCAAAGAGCUCGGCGCUGGACUGCCUCCUCAGCAGCUUCCAGAUGAACAACGAGACCAUCAACAUCUGGACCCACUUCCUGCCAACAUGGUACUUCCUGUGGCGCUUCUGUGUCCUCUGCUCCACGAUGAACUUCCUGACCGACAGCUACACCUGGCCCCUUCUGGUGUACAUGCUGCUCAUCUGCGUCUACCCCUUCACCUCCAGCUGCGCGCACACCUUCAGCACCAUGUCCCCCGAGUCCCGCCACAUCUGCUACUUCUUUGACUACGGAGCGCUCAGCCUCUACAGCCUGGGUUGUGCCAUGAGCUACGGGUACUACGCCAUGCCAGACUGCCUGGUGAACAGCUGGCUCCACCAGCACUUUGUCCCCAUCGCCAUCGGAAACACGCUGUUCUGUACCAGCCUGUCCUGCUACUCCAGGUUCCUGGAGCUGCAGUUCCCCCAGAGGAGUAAAGCUCUGAGGACGGGAGCCUUCGUCCUUCCCUUCAUAUUCGACACGGCCCCUCUGUUCUACCGGAUCGUCCUCUGCUCCGGCGGGGGCUGCGGCUCGAGCGACGCCCUGUCCAGCCACUGUUACCACCUCCUGUUCGCCGUCCUCACCUGUUUCCUGUUCACCGCCCACCUCCCGGAGAGGCUGGCCCCGGGACGCUUCGACUACAUCGGCCACAGCCACCAGCUGUUCCACGUGAGCGCCGUGGUGGGCACCCACUUCCAGAUGGAGGGCGUGAUGGCGGACAUGACGGCGCGGCGGGCCUGGCUGGUGGCCCACGGAGGGACGCCCUCCUUCCUGGGGACCAUCGGCAUGCUGGUCGCCAGCCUGGUGCUGAACCUGGCCAUCAUCGGCAUCUUCAGCACGCCGCUGCUGUGGAAGCUGCCGCCGCCGCCGCCGCCACGGCGAACGCCAAAGUGCAAAGAGCAGUGAGGGCGGGUUUCCCCACCCGAGUCAUUUUCCAAAGGAAAGGUGUGUGUGUGUGUGUGUGUGUGUGUGUGUGUUUGAGACGACUAUUAACGCCACUAGUUCUAUUAUCCGCAGAUAAAGAUUUUUGCUGCUUCCUGUUCAGUGCUAAAGCGUCCGCUCACGUGUCCGCUCAGCAGCCGAGGACCCAGUGGCGUCUACCGAAGCCCUUUUCUGAAGUCGCGUCGAGCUCGUAUGUCGGCCGUGUGCAAAAUGUCGGUUUAAUUUAUUUUUGCAGCUCCUCAAUGGGCAUUUGAAAUUCCUCUGGGUUGAAGGACGCGUGCUGUUGCAACACGAGUGCGUUGUUUCAUCCAGGAUGUUUACAGUGAUUCACAACUCGCUCCGAUCAUAAACUGAACAUCCAACGUCGCAGUUUGCAGGGAUUAUAUUUGGAAGUAAGUGUUUUUGUUAUUUUUUUAUGUCUGUUUUGCGUGUUCUAGGCCUUUUACUCCUUUUUAAAAGGAUUUAUAGAAAAUCUUCUCUGUAACUGGACUACUUGGUUUGGUGUGUUUCUGUUACCAUAAAGACUCGAGUCUCAUUCAACUCAUUCAUAUCCAGUUCGUCCUCAUAUCGAUUCCACUCAGCAGGGACUGGAAUUGAUUCGCAGGUCAUGUGGUUAUUUUCUCCUGAUUGGCCGCCUUGUUAUAAACCUCGCAAUCGGCCCUCAGCAGAAGGGAAGACAAAUAUAUUGCAGCGCAUCGUUAAUUAAAAGAAAGGUACAGUUUUUCUUUUUUUUCUUCUUUU